AUGCUGGUUGAUCCUAGAGAGCCGAAAAAACAAUUUAAAGGUUACGAAACAUGUCCGAGUAAUUCCCAUGAAUAUAUCACAAACUUCGAAUGUACUGGUACGGAUAAAUACCUUCUUCAUGAAUCCAUGCUUUCAUUCUAUUCUGGUCAUUCUGCUUUCAGCUUUUAUGCGGCAUGGUAUACGGCACUUUACUUGGAAGCUCGGCUUUACCGACCACUGUUUAGUCGCUUACUUUUGCCGGUGAUUCAGUUUGCUUUAUUCGGUGGCGCUGCAUAUGUAGCCCUUACCCGAGUUAGCGACUACAAGCAUCAUUGGUCGGAUGUGUUGGUUGGCUCAUUAUUCGGUUCUGCAUUUGGCAUUGUUGUGGCAUUAUUUGUUGCAAAAGUAUUUUCGCGUCGUGAGAUACCAUCGUGUGAUGCUCGUUAUUUCAAUCGUGAAUUUGGCUUAGCUUCUCAAUUUGAACGAGCUUUUCCAUUAUCAGACGUGGAAACUGGAAUGGGUAAUGUUAUACGAAGUGAUAGACCAGACAGCGGUGCGCAAGUUACCACUUCACAUAAUAUUACUAUAACUGGAAUGAUGGCACCAAAUGUAAAUGAAGUCAGGAAUAAUCAAAUGGCUCCAUUAGCGCGACCAGCAUCACGAAACCAGAGAUUGUAA